AUGGCCGAAUUGUACCAGCUCAACGAGCAGGUAGCCACCGAUCCCGAAAACUUCGAGCUGUGGGAGAAGCUGGUCGCAGAGAGCGAAGCACAAGAAGGAGGACUCAGUCGCAACUCGAGUCCACAAGCGAUCGCUGCGACUCGCGAUACGUACGAUCGCUUUCUUGCGCGCUUUCCGCUGUUUUUCGGGUACUGGAAGAAAUAUGCCGACCUAGAGUUUGCGAUAGGCGGCACCGAGGCUGCUGAAAUGGUCUACGAGCGCGGCGUCGCUAGUAUCGGCAUUUCAGUCGACCUGUGGGCCAACUACUGCGCCUUCAAGGUCGAGACGAGCCACGAUGCAGAUGUGAUCCGAGAGUAA